AAAACUCUCUUUAUUGGACGUCUUCCACUGGAUAUUGACGUGAACGAGUUGCGCAAUGCUCUUUCUGAACUCGCUUGGCCCUAUUCUGGUCAUAAACGUUCCAGAUCACCUUCCUCAUCCAGAUCUUCCGUUAGGCAUUCUCGCUCCUCUCCUCGUCCACAUUCCUUCCGGUCACCGAAACACGACCGACAGCAUCGGAAUAGCAAAAAUCGAUCGCGCAGUAGAUCUCCUUUUCAGAAAUUUUCGUCUUCGUCGCUUCCAUCGUCUACGCAAUCUAGCAGACCUCACGACCGAUCUGAGCAUACAUUGAUAUCAUACCCAUCGAACUUCAAUCCAGAACGAGGCCUUUCUCAGAUAGAAGAUCAGAGUUUGGGUCGAUUUGCAGUAAAUAAUAGCCUCUCUUUAGAGCGUGGGGAACAUUCCGAGUGUCAAGUUACAGACCUUUAUCACACCCAAAGGUCAUUAAAUAGCCCGCUGACAUCUCUAAAAAUAACAAAAACAGAGGAUACAUACAGUUCAGAGAGUUGUAAGGAGGGGAAGAUGCAGUGGCCUUGGAUCAGGCUUGUAAGACACAUAAUAACGGGCGAGUUCAAAGGUUAUGCGUUUGCCAGGUGA